GGUGAAUGAGAUAAAAAUGCACUAGCACGAAUCCAGUCCUCUGCUCGAGACUUCAUGUAAAUACUCCACAAACGAUCGCGCAGAGACGUCACUCUCUCUCUCUCUCACACACACACACACACACACACACACACCGCCUACACGACACACAACUUCCACUAGCCUAUAUCCACCUGGAAACUAGAUCCAACGAACCUUUGCGCAAAUGAAGGGUGAAGAUGAUGUAAAUACUGCGAGGAAAGAUGAGGAGGCUGAUGGCUCGGGUGAGAAACUCUUGGGUUUCUACAGCACAGAAGAGCAGCCAUCAGGCCCAGGAGGACAAGACAGCAUGUGGAGAAAUGAGAAGUAUGAAACUGUCCCAUUGGAUGUGAAGGGGACUGAUGAAGACAAUUCUAAAGGCAAUAAAGAUUUGCUAUACCCCCAGGCUGCUCUUCGGAAAGCUCAGCAGGGAAAUGAGAGACCAAAGGAUCCAAAGCUGUGGCCGUACUUUCAGGAUGGCUUAAGGCGGAUAGAUUAUGUCCUUACCUAUCAUGUCCAGAAGCCCCAGAGCACUCGCAAACAGUCAGCCAAGUCCUUCUUGUGCUGCAAAUUCAGACAUGAACAGAGCAGCCCACCUGCACAUGAGGACCCCGAACUCGCAGCCCAGAAACAGAGGCUGGAUUACCAUGAGGACGACCAGCGACUCCGCAGGGAGGAGUUUGAGGAGAACCUGCGUGAGAUGGGCCUUGAGAUGGAGAGAGAAGAAGGGAAUAAAAUACCAGGUGUGGGAUUCUUGAAGAUCCAUGCGCCUUGGGAGGUUCUUUGUCGAGAGGCAGAGUUUAUGAAGUUAAAAAUGCCUACAUUUAAGAAAUAUAAAGUCAGUCAGGGAAGCAGCAUUGUAGAGAAGGUCAACAUGUUUAUGCAGAAAGUCACUGCAACCUUGCAACCUAAAGAUGGGGAAAACCGGACAGAAAAUGAGAAACACCUCUCAUACCCGUUCUCACGAGAAAAGCAGCAUCUCUUUGAUUUAUCAGACAGAAAUUCCUUCUUCGACAGCAAAACCAGGAGCUCAAUAGUGUAUGAGAUUUUAAAGCGAACAAAAUGCACACGGGCUAAAUAUAACAUGGGAAUCAGCAGUCUACUGGGCAGUGGUGUCUACACAGAGGCCUAUCCUUUGCAUGAUGGCGAUAUCGAAGGCAUAAAUGCUGAAGCAAAUGACAGAAAGAUCUUGUGUGAAGAGUGGGCGAGUUACAGCAUAUUCUACAAGUAUCAGCCCAUUGGACUGAUCAGGAAGUAUUUUGGUGAGAAAGUGGGCCUGUACUUUGCCUGGUUGGGUGUGUAUACUCAGAUGCUAAUCCCAGCAGCAAUUGUGGGAGUCAUCGUGUUCCUGUACGGCUGUGUCACUGUGGAAGACAACAUCCCCAGUAUGGAAGUCUGCGACGAGAGAAACAAUAUCACCAUGUGCCCAAUGUGUGAUCGAGCCUGCAGCUACUGGAAACUGGUCACCGCUUGCGGCACGGCUAGGGCCAGCCACCUGUUCGACAAUGCGGCCACCGUCUUCUUCGCCAUCUUUAUGGCACUAUGGGCCACCAUGUUUAUGGAGCACUGGAAGAGAAGGCAAAUGAGGCUCAAUUACAUCUGGGACCUGACCAGCUUUGAAGACGCUGAGAGUCAGCCGAGAGCAGAGUAUGAGUUCCAUGUCAUGAAGAAGUCCUUGAAGAAAGAGAAAUCCCCAAUGGUAGGAAAUGUGAAGCUGACAUGUAGAGACAGAAUGCCAGCUUACAUGACUAUUAUCAUCAUGAUGGUUUUUUUGAUCUUUGUGACCUUGGCCAUCGUGUUUGGUGUGGUGCUAUACAGGGUCUCCAUUAUGACUGCCCUGCACAUGAGUUCCACUCCCACAUUCCGCACUAAUAUACGGGCCACCGUUAAAACCACUGCCGCUAUCAUCAAUCUCAUUAUCAUCAUCAUAAUGGAUGAGGUCUAUGGAGCAAUUGCACGUUGGCUCACUAUUAUGGAAGUGCCAAAAACUGACAAGAGUUUUGAGGAGAGGCUGAUCUUCAAGACGUUCAUAUUGAAGUUUGCAAAUGCAUUUACCCCUAUUGUGUACCUGGCAUUAUUCAGAGGCAGAAUCAUUGGACGUCCUGGCAAAUAUAUCUACGUUAUGGGGUCUUACCGGAUGGAAGAGUGCGCCCAUGCCGGCUGUUUGAUGGAAUUGUGCAUUCAGCUCUGCAUCACCAUGCUUGGCAAACAGCUCAUCCAGAAUAACCUGUUUGAGAUAGGUGUUCCAAAACUGAAGAAAAUGCUCCGACAACGCAAGAUAGACAAAAAGCAUCAGGAAGAGCUGAACAAAACACUUCAUCGUCACGAGAAGGACCACUUCCUUGGGCCCUUUGUCGGACUCAACCCAGAGUACAUGGAAAUGAUCAUUCAGUUCGGGAUGGUGACCUUGUUUGUGGCCUCCUUUCCGCUGGCUCCUCUUUUUGCUCUACUGAACAACAUCAUUGAGAUCCGUCUUGAUGCCAAAAAGUUUGUCACGGAGCUGAGAAGGCCGAUUGCUGUGAGAGCAAAGGACAUUGGAAUCUGGUACACUCUUCUCAGAGGAAUCAGUAAAGUGGCUGUCAUUGUAAAUGCAUUUGUGAUCUCAUUCACCUCUGACUUCAUCCCACGCCUGGUCUAUCAGUACAUGUACAGUCCAGAUGGGACUCUUCAUGGCUUUGUCAAUCACACCCUUUCAUACUUCAAUGUUAGUCACUUCCAGCCUGGCACAGAACCCAUGGAGUCAAUGCAUCUGGGAUACAAAGUGGAGGUUUGCAGAUAUAAAGAUUACAGGGAUCCUCCAUGGUCUGACACGCCAUACGAGUUCUCAAGACAAUUCUGGGCCAUUCUGGCGGCCCGGUUAGCUUUCAUCAUCGUCUUUCAGAAUGUGGUGAUGCUGAUGAGUGACUUUGUGGAUUGGCUAAUCCCAGACAUUCCCAAGGACAUUAGCAUUCAGAUACACAAGGAGAGGAACCUCAUUGUGGAACUGUUCAUGAAACAGGAACAGGGCAAGAAGUACAGGAAUACAAUCGGUGACCCAAGCCCCCAGCCGCUCCGCUCGCGCCCCAGCUCACAAGCUUAGUCCAGCAAUCGCUCUGAUCCCAGUGCUGCGAGGGAAGCAGUAUGCGGUCCAUUCCAGGGCCUCAUUCCAGCUCUGACCUGCUCACACAGAAUGGAAAGGCUGUAGAAGACUGGUCUGGCCUGGAGGACCACUGCUGUAAGGAUCAGUGCUGUAACAGAAUGUUACAUGACUGCCGCCUCACUGGUAUACCAGAAAAAAGUUAAGAGAAAAAGAUUUUUUUUGUCUGUUACUGAAUUAAGCACUCUCUUGGAUCUUUUUCUGUCAGCUAUAUGCAACUUCUGCUGGUAGGUGUGUUUGGAAAGAGGGCUGUAGGGUUUGUAUCGUUUUAUCUGUUGAUUGAUGAAUAUUGUAUUAAGUUUUGUGAAGCAUUGCUGCUUUAGCAUUUAUAGACAGCUAAUGAGCAUUCUACUUGAAAAUACAACACUUGUAUAUGAAUUUUAACAUGGAAAUGUAACGUUCAUGUCAUAGAUAGGAUAGGAUUGAACUCUGAACCAACUCGUUUCAAGUGCAUUUUAAAUUAUUUAAUAUUAGACAUUUCAUUCAGAAUAUUACUGGUGAAGUGAAUUAGCAACUAUCGAUAUCAUGCGGUUUAGGUACUAAGCACAGUUAGUUCUGUUCUAUCACUGUAAUGAUUGUGUCUGUUUAGCCCUUAGCUGUCUAUAUAUAAAAUAUAGAUUUAAAACACUACAGAUUAAUCAAAAUCACUACAAUGCUCACUUUUUUUGUAUUCUAGAAUUUCUAUUAUAUGUGCUGGAGUGAUUCUGACAGGAU